GUCCCUACAUCAUCACCAGAAAAAUACAGUCCUACCACCUUAUGGGGAAGAUAUGGAGAGACACAUAAAAAAUACUGCUAUAUGAGUAUCUUUGACUUUACAAGAAUUUUAGGAUUAUUCUUUACUUCUUCACUCUUACCUUUCCUGGAAACACUGCAAAAAAAUCAAAUGUUUCUUGAGCUGAACCCAACAAAAUUAACUUCUUCUAUUUCUUUUGCCAUUGCUUCAGUAAUAGCUGAGUGGCAGUCUAUCUUAUUUGUGUCAAAUGUCAAUUUACUUGAAAAUAGACGUAAUACAGAAUAAAUUAUAAUAGCCAUGUAAUCUUUUGCCCGCUGUGAGGUACAGAAAGAAUUACAGAUGAUUACAGGAGAUAUAAAGAUGAUUGAGAAAAAUUUUGCCCAUUCCCAUCUGUAAAGAUUACUUGAAAAUCUACAUUACUAGCAUUUCCACUCAGUCACGGGAUGUUAAUAUUUGGAAGCAGGGACGAAAGAACAAAAGUGCUAUAGAAAACAUCAAAAAUGGCUUCUUACCAGAUUGCAGACUUCAGCUCUUAUGAUACGAACUUUAGCAUCAUCGCAUUCAGUUUCUCAGAACAUUCCAAGCUCUUUGUGGAAACUGGGCCGACUUAAUCAUGUAGCAAUUGCAGUGCCUGAUUUGGAGAAAGCUCAGUCCUUGUAUAAAGAUGUGUUAGGAGCACAGGUGAGCGAGACGGUUGCUCUGCCUGAACAUGGUGUCUACACUGUUUUUGUGGAGUUGGGAAAUACAAAGCUGGAACUUCUACACCCUUUAGGAGAGAAAAGUCCCAUUACAAGUUUUCUGCAAAAGAACAAGACUGGAGGAAUGCAUCAUAUCUGCAUUGAGGUUGAUGACAUAAACGCAGCUAUGGCAGAACUGAAGAAAAAAAAGAUUCGAAUACUGAGUGAAGAGCCAAAAAUAGGUGCACAUGGCAAACCCGUGAUUUUUCUUCACCCUAAAGAUUGCCAUGGAGUCCUUGUGGAACUUGAACAAGCCUGAGCUGUAAUAUUCAUAUAUAAGACAAUAAAUGAGUUGUGAAGUUACUGAUCUGGUGUUGAGAAUAUUGAUGUACUAUUCAAUCUUUACAGAUUCACUGCAGUUCCUGUGGAUUAAGUACAGCUUUUGAGCACUAAAAUAGUCUGAAGAUUUUUUUGUUGUUGUUGAUCUGAUUUUCAGAAUUAAUGUGUUGACAUUUCUUGAAUUCUCUGUGAUUCUAAAGAUGAAUGCAUGAGCUAAGUUGCAUAUGUAACAGUGAUUUUGUUCUAUUGCCUCAUGCUUGCAGCAUGGUUUUACCUCUGUAACCACAGAAACUGUACAGUUUCUAGGUCAUGCCACAUUAUUUUGUUCUACAUUUCAGAGCAGAGACCCACUUCUCAGUGACAACAAUAUAGUGUAGAUAUUCCCUUUAGAAUUAAAAGGAAAAGGAACAUUGCACUUUCUGUUUUCACCAUUCACCGCCUGUGCUUCACAUUGAUUGACUGGUUCAUGCAAUAAACAAAUUUGUAUCUUA